UGGGCUAAAGGCCCCGGAUGAUCACGCAAGAUAGAUUAGAUCUGAAGAAAAUAGUCGGGUCCCAUCAAAUUAACCAAAUCCCGAAGAGCCUGUGUGAUUCAGAGCUGAUAUCGCAGUAUUGGUUUGCUCUCAAGUCGUGCAACCGAGAUGGUGGGCAUCUGCUAACGCUUGGUUCGUUCUCGAGAUCUAUAAUAACCCCUCAAGAAACAACUUUCCUCGGUCUGUUCAGAGGCCUUUCCUACUCACAUCAUUCAUCUCAGUCAACAUUUACCUACUAAUUCAUCAUGGGUUCUACAUCCGUCUCCUGGGAGGUUACCUCGUUCGAAGUCCAGGCCACUACACCCAACGCCACGAGUGAUGCUCUCUACGUCAAUGGCAACAUGCAGAUUCCUGUGAUUGUUGUUAUCAGUGUGAUUGAUCUAAACACCAACAAUGCCUAUGAGUUGAAUGAGUCCGAGCUCGAGACAAUCAAACUCAUCGACUAUGAUGACCCUCCCACGGAAAUCUCGGGAUCGUGGAGCUAUUCAGUCACCGAAAACGAAUUCGAACACGGGUUGCCAUCUACGAAAAAGGCCAUCCAGCCUGACCUAUCUUUUGCGGCUGGGGGUCCUCAAAAGAAGCGUUACUGGGUUACGACGACGAAGGUCGAAAACAAGAGAAUCGGCGCUAGCAUCAAACAGUCCGAUGGUACGGUUGUCCAUACCGGGGGUGGAACCUUUGAUUCCAAAGUCACUCUCGUGGGUACAAACCCAGUUACAUACACAGUGGACGAUCUCAACUUUGAGCAGCAGGAGGAGGAUGUAAUGCAAGCAUUUCCAAGCAAGGACGGCAGUUGGAUACAACGAAACUUUUAUCUGACGACCAAGAAGGACGAACUCCGAAAAGCAGACCUUCAAGGCUAUAUUCUGGGCACGGUUGACCCCGCCCUGAAAUAUGCGACCGCCUAUCUCAGAGAUAAUAUGGGAUUCUUCAGUAUCUUCUACUAUUGGCCGAUGGGAUCAAAAGAAAUGCGAACAGUGGGGAUUGAUUCUCAUACGGCUGAAGUCACCAUAAAUCAGAAAAGCAACGCCCUGUGUGUCACCCAUAUGUAUCUUGAUGUAUUUGGUACAACAUGGCCGGCCUCUAGGAGUUGGGAAGGUCGAUUUACGUUCUAUGAUAAAUUUGGAAACCCUGGCACUUUCUGGUUGGGCUACGACGAGGCAUUCUUCACCCCCAAAAUCUUAGAACACAGAUAUACCCUAGGAGAAUGAUUUCUUCUUCACGUGAUGGACGAACCUCAGUGAUCCUGGUGACCUGCUCAUGUUUCACCUAGUAUGACUAUCUAUAGUAUCAUUACGCUUUUGAGAAAA